AUGCACCAGGACAGCGACAUAUUUUGUUUGAAGGAGACCAAAGCUGGGGAGAACGAUGGCAGAGGAAUAUUUUCCAUCAACGGGUCUUGCUCGAUGAGAAUCAACAGAAAACCCAACGCGCAUCACGAGGAUGCUUUCCAGUAUGGAAGCAUCAAUAUGCCGAAUCGCGUGAACCCGGCUGAACCUGUCGAAAGCGAAAAUGGAGUUCAGGAGAGAGGAGUUGCUUCUGAAGCAGUAACUGAAGAAUAUAGAUCUGAAGAAGAAGUGGAACCAGUCGAAGCAAGGGAAGACGAUAAAGCUGAGUUCACUGAUGAAAUGUCAAAGGAAGUGUACGAUAAAUUCAUCGAAGACAUGAAGCAAGACCUCGGCGAGGAUGUAGUUGAGUCCAUCAGGAAGAAAACCGUUGAAGAAAGCACCGGUAAAAAAACCCCGCCUCAAAAAACAACCGGUAAGAAAACCUCGCCGAAAUCAAAGAACAAACCGGUUUUCAAAAAGGUGAAUAAGGUGGAGGAGCCGGUAAGUUCUUCCCAGAUCAUGAGGAAUCCGUUAACUGGAGCCGGUAUGGAAUGCGACGAGCACAAAAAUCAAAGAAAGAAUGUCAAAAACACGCGAUCCAAGGAUGAAACAGGAAUUAACAGAAUCGAAACAAUUAAACCUGCAGGAAUGAAGAAAGAAAAAGAUAAGAAAGCAGAAGAAUAUGCAUCUGAAGAGGAGCUUGAACUUGACGAAGAAGAUUCAAUCAUCAAUAAAUUCAUUGAAAAUAUCAAAAAAUAUCUUGGCGAUGACGUUUUCGAGGCUAUUAAAAGGAAGACCAUUGAAGAGGUCCGUGGUAAAAAAGCUCCUCAUCCGGAAGCAAAGAGCAAGAAGGUUUUGCCUAAAUUGAAGAAACAACCAGAAGUCAAGGAGGCCAAUAAAGUGGAUGAGCCAGUAUGUGCUUCAAUGAUUCUUCGAAAUCCUUUAACAGGUGCCGGCAUGGAAUGCGAAAAAUUUAAAGACCAAAGAAAACAUAUAAAGUCAAAAUUUGGUAGUUGGAUUUGGUAG